AUUUUAUAUGAAGAAAAUGAGACAUUCGAGGUCGCAGGGCAGAAAGAUCAGCCAGACUUUUAAAUACAAAAAAUGGGAUAGAGAAGACACAGCAAUGCAAUCAAAACUAGCAGAUCCCAACAGAAGUAUCUGAGAGAUUGUCAAUGAGCUCCAUGUUCUCAUUGACCUGAAGCUGACGAAGAUCGAGGAAGACAAGAGAGCUAGGAAGGGGCAGAGAGGAAGAAGGAGUGAGAAGGGAGUGGAGAAGGGAGUGGAGAAGGAAGAGAGGAGAGGGGAGGGGAAGGAGAGUUGUCAAGAGGAUGUUAAGAGGAGGAUAAAGAAGCUUUAUAAGCGGAAUGAAGAGCUUACGUCGAUGCUGAAGAAGAAUAUUAGGGAUAAGAGAAAGUUCUUUUACUCUCAGAAGAAGAAGGAAGAGAGAUCACAACUGACAACUUUUCAAACAAUGAUUAAGGUAGAUACCAGAUUGAGGAAAUUUCGAGAAAAAUUAAAAUAAGUCUUUUUCUCAACAAAGAUCUGUUGAGAGAAAGCGCAAGGAGCGUUCAAAGAAUCUCAAGGCCAAGGCUCUCCAGUCUCAUUAUACAGAUGAUAUAGUUGUACAUCGAGACCUCUCUGAAAACAACAGUGAUAAUUCAAUCAUAAUUAUAUCCAAAACGAAUAGCACAAGAAUUUCUCCAAACAGAGAAAUCAAAUAACCACAUUAAACAAGAAAAAGAACUUCGGAAGAAAAUUGAGCUCCUUUCCGCAAAUCUAGAAGCAAAAAAUGAGAAGAUUAGGAGAAAGAAGAUUCUCUUAAACCAGUUGACACGGAAGAUGGUAAACCGUGGUCUUAAGAAGUCCUUCACAUUAAACACACUACACUUGCCUACAUCCACUACAAAACCAAAUUCCAGGUACAAAUAAUAACCUUAUCUGCGAACAACCCGUUAAAACCCCUUAAAAUCACGGCUAAAUCUCCUCAAAAAUAACUAUUCACAGUCAAAUUUCUCUAAAUUUACAGUACAAAAAUUGUGAAAAGUGCUAAAAUAGGG